UAAUAUUAUUUUUCGUUUCUCAACCCAAAAUUCGUAGCGCUAGGCAAUGUUUCGCGCCAGCAAAUUAAACAUGCACCUGCAUCCUGCAAGCAUACCGCUACCAAGAUUGCGCUUGGCACUGUCCAGACGUUUCAAGUCCAAUCUCCUGCAGGGAUCAUCACUCCACCGCUCCGCCAGGGCCCAACUUAUUUCAGCUGGCAAGCACCAACAAAGCAGCGGCCAUUUGCCCGAAGAAAAAUCCCCUUGGCCGCGAAAGAUCUUCAGUGGGAUUCAGCCCACAGGAUCAGUACAUCUCGGCAACUAUUUGGGCGCUGUCCGCAAGUGGACGCAGCUGCAGAACAGUCGCGAUGAUGUCACAGUCUGUAUAGUGGAUAUGCACUCUAUAACCAUGCCGCACAAUCCGCCGGUGCUACGGGAAAACAUCUUUACGAUGGCUGCCACACUGGUGGCUUGCGGCAUUGAUCCCGCCAAGAGCACGUUGUUUGUCCAGUCGGCUGUAUUGGAGCAUUGUGAGUUCAACUGGAUCCUUAGCUCGAUGACCACCACGCCUAGGCUGGCGCAGCUGCCCCAGUUCAAGGAGAAAUCCCGCCUGGUCCGCGAUAUACCCUUGGGGCUGUAUGUCUAUCCGGUGCUGCAGGCUGCCGACAUCAUGCUGUACAAGGCCACACAUGUACCCGUUGGAGCGGACCAGUUGCAGCACAUUCAACUCGCACAGCACUUAGCGAGGACAUUCAAUGGGCGCUACGGUGAAGCGUUCCCUGUGUGCCAUGCCAUCAUCGAGGAGGGUGAUGCCUCCAGAGUGUUGUCUUUGCGGGAUCCCUCUAAGAAAAUGUCAAAGUCAGAAGCGAAUCCCAAGGCCACGAUCAACCUCUGCGAUCCGCCGGAGCUAAUAAUGGAGAAGAUUAAGAAAGCCGUCACCGACUUCACCUCGGACAUCACCUACGAUCCCAACUUGCGCCCUGGUGUCAGUAAUCUCGUCAACAUCCACGCCCAAGUAACAGGGCGCAGCAUCCGAAGUGUCUUGGAGGAGGCCAAGACGUUGGACACAGCAAAGUAUAAGGAGCGCGUGGGCGACGCUGUCAUUGAACAUCUGCGCCCGAUUCGUGAGCGAAUCCAUGAGCAAUUGUCAAAGAAAAACGAGCUGAUCCAUAUGCUAGAGAUUGGAGCCGAGAAGGCACGUAUCCAGGCGCAAAAGACAAUGCGCGACGUCAAGCAACGCCUUGGCCUUGGAGCAUAUGCGGCUGUUCCUGAGCCAGUUGUCGUCGCUCCCUUGCUGCCUGAGCGAUCCAAAAUGACGGCUAGUCAGCGCGUGGCCAAGAACGUCCAACUGCCGAAUCACAAUGCUCAUAGUUACACGCAUUUAGAGAACCGUAAUGAGCGGAGUAGUGCGUCUGGGACUGCAUCGCCACACGGAAGCGCCGGGGAAGCAGCAUGCACUGCAGACCUAAAGGCAAUGGCCCAAGCUCAGGCCAUGGUGAGGCCUCCCAUGCGUCGCCCUGUGGUGCCCAAACAAUCCAUGCGGGUUGAGAAAGAGCGCAAGGCUACUCGGAACAACAUUUUCAGCAAUUCAUCUGCUAUCGGCUUUAAAUCGCCCUCCAAACAUGAUGUUCCCGUUGCCGAAGGUAAGGGACAGCAUGCUAGUAGCUUCGGAUUUGCUAAACCCGAAAUUGUGGACGGGACAGAAAAGGCCGGCGCCCACAGGUUUGGACAAAAUACGAAUACCAGUGCGGUCGCUAGUAUUAUGCAUAAAAUUAAUGCCGCCAAGAACCAAGACACUCUGGUCCACAGUGCCUACUACAACGCAUUUCAUGGUUCAAAAUCUGGCACCCCGUCCCAUGUAAUCAAGAACCGGAGUAUCGAGACGAGUAUUGAAAAGAGCACCAAUGAUGCCAGAACAAAUACCUGUAAUGAAUGCAGCAACAGUGAGAAAAACAGCAGCGAAAAUCCCAGCAGUGAAUACAGCAACAGCGAACAGGAUGAGAUUAGCAACGCAUCAAGCACAACGGCGGACAGCGAAGAUCCAGAAAUGUUUGAUGAGUUGGAACAGGAAGAUGAAGUUCCCGAACGGAGCGCGUCUGAGGCUGCUGGCAAGGCGGAAAUAGGAAACUAGAAUACAUUGCAAUUGUUAUUAAAUAUAUAUAUAGUAUAUAUAUAUACAUAUAGUCAGAUUUA